AUGGAGGAGUGGGAGUAUUUAGAAGGACACAAGGAUCUCUACAAGGACGUCAUGAUGGACAAUCAGCCGCCCCUCACAUCACCGGGUAAGGUCCAUCCGGCACCACCCAGUGUAGAUGGACCAUCGGAUUCCUCGUAUCCUGAGGACCCUCAGACUGUGCAGGACCGGGCCGGCCUUCCAACAGGGAAGAGCUUCUCCUGUACUGAAUGCGGGAAGAAUUUUCGUUUUAAAUGUCGUCUUAAUGUGCAUAAAAGAUCUCACACAGGGGAAAAACCGUAUUCCUGCCCUGAGUGUGGGAAAUGUUUUGUACAAAAAACAGAUCUUGUUACACAUCAAUGGUCUCACAUGGGGAAAAAGCCGUAUUCCUGUCACAAUUGUGGGAAAUGUUUUUCAGUGAAGUCCAGUCUUUACAGCCAUCAGAGAUUGCACACGGGGGAAAAGCCAUAUUCCUGUUCUGAGUGCGGGAAGUGUUUUGUACAUAAAUCAGAACUUGUCAAACAUCAAAGGUCUCACACGGGGGAAAAGCCGUAUUCUUGUCCUGAGUGCGGGAAAUGUUUUUCACAGAAGUGCCAUCUUAACAAACACCAGAGAUCUCACACAGGAGAGAAGCCGUAUUCCUGUCGUGAGUGCGGGAAAUUUUUUUCACAAACAUCUGGUCUAUACAGACAUCAAAGAUCUCACUCGGGAGAGAAGCCGUAUUCCUGUCCUGAAUGCGGGAAAUGUUUUUCACAGAUGUCUAGUCUUUACAGACAUCAGAGAUUGCACACAGGGAGAAGCCACUUUCCUGUCCUGAGUGAGGGAAAUGUUCCUCACUGA